AUGGCCGUCACAGAAUGGCUCGCCGUGCCUAAUCUGUGGCUACUGGCGAAGUCCCUACUCAUCGGCUUUAUUCCUUUGUACUUUGUCACCAUAAUAUUCAACGCGCUGUAUAAUGUGUUUUUGCAUCCUCUUAGAAAAUAUCCCGGUACGACCCUCUACCAACCUGGAUCCAUAGACCAGUGCUACGUUUUCAAAAGUCGUGUCAAUAGGAUAUGGCUCSGKAGUCAGACUGGCGCCAAAWACGCUAUCUUACAAUUCUUCUCAAGCUUGGAAAGGUCUGCAACUGACUCUAAUUUUGGCAUGUACUUGCUAAACGAACCGUACACCGUAGACAUCUAUGGUCUCAAGCCGGAUCGGUCAGAGCUAGAUAAGCACCCUGCUUACUACAAGAGAGCUUCUCGGAACCUUCUGGUGGUUGAUCAAGCCGACCACACUCGUAUGCGCAAGCUGAUCGCUCAUGCAUUUUCUGACACAGCUCUCCUUGAGCAGAGUUCGAUAUUGACCAAGUACUUUGACCUAUUGGUAGAAAGACUGAAACAGCAGAUCGAUGGACCUGAAAAAGGCCGAGUGAAUAUAGUUGGCUGGUUCAACUUUAUCACCUUUGACAUCAUCGGAGAUAUGACUCUAGGUGAACCAUUUGGCGCCCUUGUACAAGGCGAUUAUACUCCAUGGAUGAGCAAUGUCUUCUCAGCAAUCAAAUUUCUCGGAGUCAUUCGAUUUGCCGAGACAUAUCCCAUUAUUGGGCUUCUUCUUUUCUCACUGCAAAAGUUGAUUCCCUCAUUUGCUGCUAAAAGGGCCACUCAUCUAGAGUACACAAAGAAGAUGAUUGAUGCUCGUCUCGCUCGAGAAACCGAUAGAAGCGACUUCAUGACUCAGGCAAGUAAUUUGGAGAGAGAGGUGUCCCUGAGACUAACAACGGUUUUCAGAUCCUCCGCCAUAAUGACGACCGGGAUCGCCGUUGGCGUGCACCAGUGGUCGGCAUACCGCAGCAGCACCAACUUUGCUUCUCCAGACACGUUCGAUCCAGAUCGAUGGCUUCCUGACAGCCCCGCAAAAUACCAAGGGGACGACAAGGCUGUGCUCCAACCUUUCACAACCGGGCCUCGUCAGUGUAUAGGCAAGGGACUGGCGUAUUUCGAGCUUCGGUCCAUUUUGGCCCGUAUGAUGUGGCAUUUUGAGAUUGAAUUGGAUGCAGAGAGUGGAGGCUGGAUGGACGAUCCCAAGGAGUUUGCGCUUUGGCACAAGCCACCAUUGUUUGUUAAAUUGAAGCAUCGUGCUGAUUGA